AUGUGCAAUGUGUCGGUGAGUUAUAACAUCAUCACGAUCCCACAGCCUGCUCUUCUAGUGCCUUCUGGGCUUGCUGAUCUGUGUCAGUGUUGGUGUGUUGUGUGUUCUCUGUGUGUUUGGACUGGGCUGCCUGAUGUCACAGUGUUUUAUCUCCCCCAUUGCCUGGGGAAUUCCAGCCUGAGAUCUGUCAGAGUGUGGAUCCAUCAUCCUCCACUCACUGCAAUUGUCACCCUGCCACUGCCAGCCACAGAUACAGUCCAUCCGUGACACUGAUUUUCUCUUUAAUAUUGGUGAUGGUGGCAUCUUAUGGCAC